CAGUCGUUCCUCCUUCGUCGUUCCUUCGCCGCCGUGCGCUUUUAACGAAAUUAUUCCGUGAUCGAGGGGAAAAAAAGGAAAUCGGUAGAACAGGUGAAAGAGGAGGAAUACGAGAUAGCGGAGAGAAAAUCGGGAGAAUAAAAGACAGGGAGUAUCCGUGGAAAGCUCUCGGGCGCCGGGCCGCGAAUCUGCCGCGACGCGCACGGCGGCAUCGUCCUCCGGCGGCAUCGUCCUCGAAGGGGACACCGGCCUGCGUGGCGCGCGUCGUCGUGGCCGCGGUCGACGGCGAAAUCGGUGGAAGAAGUGGUGCGCCGGCGGAGAAGGAGGAGGAGGAGGAAAAGAAAGACGUCGUCCUUUUCGUCGUCCACGAUCGUCAAGUUUCUCUCCCUCGAAAGUUACCGGGGCUCAUCGGAGUCUCUCGUGGAUGGUUCAGGCUGUUGAAGUUACCCGAGAGGGCAAAAGUCGCGACCUCCGCGGGCCUCGGAGGGGCACGUGAGAGGGUGCGCGACACGCGAGCACUUUCGUGCCCAGCCCGUGAAUCAACUGGUUCUCCUUCUCUCUGUGUCGCAGAAACGAGCCGAAUGAUGUUCAAUUGACGAAGACCGCACAGCGCUAGGAAUGGCCCCCUUCAGUUCCGUCUUCCUGGGUGUCUGGGGAGUGUUUGUUGUCAUUUUGAUAAAAGAGUCGACACCCGUUAGCUGGGAAGAAUGGUGGACAUACGACGGUAUUUCUGGUCCUGCCUUCUGGGGUCUUAUCAAUCCGGAAUGGUGGCUGUGUAACAAAGGUCGAAGACAAUCACCAGUCAAUCUCGAUCCUAAUCAACUGCUUUUCGACCCGAAUUUACAACCGCUUCAUUUGGAUAAGCACAGAAUCAACGGUAUAUUGGCGAACACCGGCCAUAGUGUUGUGUUCGCCGUGGAGAACGACACCCGCCAUCCCGUCAACAUCUCCGGUGGUCCGCUCAGUUAUCGUUAUCAAUUUCACGAGAUUCAUUUGCACUUCGGCGCGGACGAUCGCAUCGGCAGCGAGCACACCGUCGAUGGACAUGCAUUUCCUGCCGAGCUUCAGAUAUUCGGCUUCAACUCGCAGCUCUAUAACAACUUCUCGGACGCCCUACACAGGGCGCAGGGGAUCGUGGCGGUAUCGCUUCUUUUACAGGUAGGCGACCUCUCGAACCCAGAGCUGAGAACGUUCACGCAGCAGCUGGAUAAAAUCAAAUACGGAGGGCAGGCCAUGGAAAUUAAACGUUUCGGGGUGCGCGAACUUCUGCCGGACACGAAGCAUUACAUGACGUACGACGGCUCCACCACGAUGCCGGCGUGUCACGAGACCACCACAUGGAUCAUCCUCAACAAGCCUAUAUACAUCACCAAGCAGCAGCUACACGCUCUGAGGCAGUUAAUGCAAGGAGACGAAAAACAGCCAAACGCACCGCUUGCGAAUAACUUUAGACCACCGCAACCCCUUCAUCAUCGUCCCGUUCGGACAAACAUUGAUUUCAAUGUUCAGGGUCCGAAGAAUUGUCCGACGAUGAACAAGGAUAUAUAUUACAAAGCCAAUAGCUGGAAAUAAUACCCAGCACUGCCGUGAGGUCAACAUUCGCAGUAACUACGCUUCUCCCCGGAACGAGCUGGAACUUCGCUGUAAGGAAAAAAAUUGACAUAUCAAUUACAGGCGGGUGACGCCGGGUCACAAAAAAAAUUACGGCAGAUAGAACGCGCGAAGAAGACGACCGUCGACGCCCACGUUGAGGUCGAGAUAAAAAAAAUGCUUCGUUGUACUUAUUAGACGUGAAUUGCCAAGUAUGUUUCCAGUUAAAUCAGAAGAAGAAAAACCAAAUAUACCUAUAGAUCACAAGUUAGACGAGAUAAGCUAAUCGUAAGAUCUAUUAUUAUAUAUAUAUCGGUAAACUAUCGAAAAAAGCUAUGACUAUCGUGGCCUGCGCGAGGGGUUGAGAGAUGCAAUUAUAUGUAUAAAAAUUCACGCGCAACGGAGAGCGCUAUCGCGAGCAAAAGUUUAUACUAUAUUCUUGUAAUAAAAGCUUGAAAAAACGCAUAAAAUGAGACAUUUCCCGUUUUGCUCGAUUUUUCCUCUACCCAUCAAUUAG